CCAUGGCGCCCGCCGCCCUCUGGGCCGCGCUGGCCGUCGGACUGCAGCUCUGGGGCGCGGGGCACGCCGUGCCGGCCCAGGUUGCGUCGCUCCCCUAUGCUCCGGAGCCUGGAAGCACAUGCCGGCUCACAGAGUACUUCGACCAGAGGGCCAAGAUGUGCUGCAGCAUGUGUCCGCCGGGCUCCCAUGCACGAUCGUUCUGCACCAAGACCUCAGAUACCGUGUGUGCCCGCUGUGAGAACAGCACAUACACCCAGCUCUGGAACUGGGUUCCCGAGUGCUUGAGCUGUGGCUCCCGCUGCAGCACUGACCAAGUGGAGACUCAAGCCUGCACUCGGGAGCAGAACCGGGUCUGCACCUGCAAGCCGGGCUGGUACUGCACGCUGAGGAGGCAGGACGGCUGCCGGCUGUGCACGCCGCUGCGCAGGUGCCGCCCGGGCUUCGGCAUGGCCAAACCAGGAACUGCAACGUCAGAUGUGGUGUGCACUCCCUGUGCCCCAGGGACGUUCUCCAGCACAACAUCAUCCACAGACACUUGCAGGCCCCACCGGAUCUGUAGUUCUGUGGCCACCCCUGGCAACGCCAGCAUGGAUGCAGUCUGCACUUCUGUGCCCCCCACCCUGGGAACGGCCCCACGCCCAGCCUCCACAUCCCAGCCAGGGCCCACGCAGUUCCAGCGUGGGGAGCCAACUCCAGGGCCCAGCACGGCUCCCAGCACCUCCGUUCUGUUCCCGAUGGUUCCAAGCCCCCCCACUGAAGGGCUCAGCACAGGCGACAUCUCUCUUCCCAUUGGACUGAUUGUCGGUGUGACAGCCUUGGGUCUGCUGAUAAUAGGGCUGGUGAACUGUGUCAUCAUGACCCAGAAAAAGAAGAAGCCCUUCUGCCUACAAGGAGAAGCCAAAGUGCCUCACCGGCCUGCUGAUAAGGCCCGAGGCGCCCCGGGCCCCGAGCAACAGCACCUGCUGACCACCGCCCCCAGCUCCAGCAGCAGCUCCCUGGAGAGCUCAGCCGGCACCGCAGACAGGAGGGCGCCUGCCAGGACCCAGCCGCCGGCGGCAGGCGCGGAGAAGGCCAGUGGGUCCAGGGAGGCCCAGGCCAGCUCCAGCAGCUCAGCAGAGCCUUCUGGUAGCCACGGGACCCAGGUCAACGUCACCUGCAUCGUGAAUGUGUGCAGUGGUUCCGACCACGGUGCUCAGUGUGCCUCCCAGGCCAACUACGCAACGGGGGACGUGGACGCCAGCCCUUCCGGCUCCCCAGAUGACGAGCAGGUCCCCUUCUCCAAGGAAGAAUGCCCUUUUCACUCCCAGCCAGGGGCUCCAGAGACUCUGUUGGAGACCCCAGAGGACAAGCCCCUGCCCCUUGGUGUGCCUGACGCUGGGAUGAAGUCCAGUUAG